CUUACUGGAGAGGAACCAGGGGACACGUCCUUAAGUCAACACGGCUGCAGCCUCAGGACACACAAGGAGAGGCCCUGAUGUCCGAGCUGUGCUGCAUCUGUCUGGACGAGUCCACCCGCCCGGCGUCCCUCCCCUGUGGACACGCCUUCUGUCUGGCCUGUGUAGGAGAAUACUGGAGGAUCAGUGGCUCCUGUCAGUGCCCCCUCUGCAAGGCCUGCUUCCCCACCAGACCCCAGCUCCAGACACACCCCCCCACACAGAGCCAGGUCGGGGCCGCACCUUUAAAAGCCGGCGAGGUUCCCUGUGACCUCUGCCCCGGGCGGCGUCCAGCCGUCAAGUCCUGCCUGGUGUGUCUGGCCUCGUACUGCGACGCCCACCUGGAGCUGCACUACCAGAGCGAGGCUCUCGGGGGCCAUCUUCUGAUCGGUGUGGUGAAGAACCUGGAGGACCCUGUGUGCAGAGUGCACGGGAAGCCGCUGGACAGGUUCUGCAGGAGCGACCGGACAUGUGUCUGUGCCAUGUGUUCCCAGACAGAACACAGGGGCCAUCACAUCCUCCCUGUGCACAGAGAGGCCGCCAAGCAGAGGGUUCAAUUAAAGCGGAUGAGGAUGAAACUGCAGCAGGUUAUUCAGGAGAGACUGAGUCAGGUGGAGAAUCUGAAGGAGACACAAAGCAAAGAGCUCGUCAAACAGCUGGAGGCAGAAAUCUGUGAUCUGCAGAGGAGACACACCGAGCUGGAGCAGCUCUCAGAGACUGAGGACGACCUCCGCUUCCUGCAGGUCCGAGUCUCAAGGUCAGAGGUCACACCCAGCUCUCGUAUUGAGAUUUCUCCUCACAUCCUAACGACCUGAGGAACCUGUGGACCACACCAGGAAGCCAGGAUUUACACAAUCUAUUCAAUUAACAUUUCACAACAUGACAGGAGGAGCGAACAGCAAGACUCACAAAUCCAGUCGCUUCAAAAACGAGUGUUUGCAGCUUCUACCGUUUUGUGAAAUGUCUGAUGCUGAUGCUGCACUGGAGAGAAACUGCUGAAUGUGCAUUUUGGAUCAAAAGUUUAUUUUGCUUUUUUAAAACUGGUUGAAAAAGUUUGACCCUAAUGAGAUAAAUGAGUGCUUCUAUAUUUAUAUUCACACAUAUGUUUUCCUCUGUUUUGUCUAAGUUGUGUUUCUGUCUCAGUCGUUGAAACAAGUUGGACCGGACGCUGCUGUAACAAUAAUUAAAAUAAAACUGAGCAACACACCCAUGCAAAUCUCUGAUAUAUUUAUUCAUCAUGAUGACGCAUCUCUUUGGAUAAAGGAACUAACCGCAAGGUGGGAACUUUGUCAGAAACGAAAGUUAACACAAAGCUGAAGGCACGCCCACACACGCACACACACGCACACACACGCAGACACACACACUAGGUGG